CAGCGCUGGAGGUGGAAGACAGUAGCGCUGACCACCCGACAGCCUGGCAUCUCCAUCCAGUAGUGCGCUUCGACAAGCGGUUUGCUGCUGGGAGAUCAACGCGCUCUGAAGGAAUACAUUCCUCCUGUGGAUUUAUACUUCUUCUUAUAUUAGUGAUGGCAGUUACUCAGGCUGGAUGUGACUUGACAUAUUGCAAGAUGAGAGGAAUCGUGUCUGUUCUUGCCGCUUUUAUUAAAGAAAGGAAGAUGGGCUUGAACGACUUCAUCCAAAGGCUUGUGUCCAACCCUCCCAUCUGUCAACAUGCUGAUGUUGGUUCCUUCCUAAAAAUUGAUGAGAACCAGAAUGAGGAGCUGGAUGAGAGUCUCCUGUGUUUGACCCAUCCUAGGAGCUCUUUGGCUGAAGAGACUCAGAUCAAACCCUCAGAUUUUGACUACUUAAAGAUCAUCGGCAAGGGGAGCUUUGGGAAGGUUCUGCUUGCGCGGCACAAGGAAAACGAACUCUACUAUGCUGUGAAGGUGCUUCAGAAGAAAAUCAUUAUGAAAAAGAAAGAGCAAAAGCAUAUCAUGGCGGAAAGGAGUGUACUAAUGAAAAAUAUCAAACAUCCAUUCCUGGUGGGUCUGCACUACUCCUUCCAAACUACAGACAAACUGUAUUUCGUGCUAGACUACGUCAAUGGAGGCGAGCUGUUUUACCACCUCCAGCGAGAGAGAGUGUUUUUGGAGCCCAGAGCGAGGUUUUAUGCUGCUGAAAUCGCUAGUGCACUUGGUUACCUCCACUCACUGCACAUAGUUUACAGAGACUUAAAGCCAGAGAACAUCCUCUUGGACUCUCAGGGCCACAUUGUGCUGACAGAUUUCGGUCUAUGCAAAGAGGGACUGGAACCCAACGGCACAACCACAACAUUCUGUGGAACUCCUGAGUACCUAGCACCUGAGGUACUCCAGAAACAGGCCUAUGAUCGUACAGUAGACUGGUGGUGUCUGGGAUCAGUACUGUUUGAGAUGCUGUAUGGACUGCCUCCAUUCUACAGUCGCAACACAGCUGAGAUGUACAACAACAUCCUACACAAGCCUCUUGUCCUGAAGCCUAAUGUGUCCAAUGCUGGCCGUGACCUGCUAGAGGGCUUGCUGCACAAAGACCGUACCAAGAGACUGGGGUCCAAGGAUGAUUUUCUGGAAUUGAAGUUUCACAGCUUCUUCUCUCCCAUCAACUGGGACGAUCUCAUGGCCAAAAGGAUUGUGCCUCCAUUCGUUCCUACAGUGACUGGUCCUACUGACCUCCGGCACUUUGAUCCAGAGUUCACCCACCUCCCCGUGUCGACCUCCCUAUGCAACACCGAUAACCUGCACGUGACCAGCAGCGUCCGAGAAGCAGCCGGAGCGUUCCCUGGUUUUUCCUACGGUCCUCCAUCUGAGGCCUUCCAGUAAUGGCACCUUCCAUGACACCUUCCAUUCCAGCAUCAACAGAAGCAUUGUGAUAGAAGAAGGACCACAGGACGGUACACUUAGCUCUUCCAAUUUAUUUGCAUGUACGAUCUGACAGCACAAAUGGACACUCGUGCAUGUCUGAGAUGAAUGUGGAACACUGUAGGAAAGAGACUACAAAAAUAACUUCCAGAAAACAUGAAUCGUGUGCCAACGGAUGCAGAGAGGACCUGAGCUCCUCACGAAAGAGCUUAGAAGUGCCUGAGAGAUUAUUUGUGGGGGAAACAAACAAGCAAAUUUCUAUGAAACAGACUACGGUUUUUGCCAGAGAUGAAGAUGGCACCAGCUAUUGGGCGAAAUGCCUUCUGUGAUCGUUACAUUUGAUCAAAUUGUCAUUGGAUGAUGUUUUAUUUAAUUGUAUUUUUCAUGCAUCAUUGCACAGUGGAGGUGAAGGAUCAAGAAAAGUACUAAAUAUAUGGAUAGUCAUAAAAAAAGGGGGUUGUUAUGUCAUCAACCCCCAUCGGUACACAGGAUACACAGGCUGUCCGACUCAAAUAUCAAUACAUUUUUAGAGCAUAUGUUUAAUAUCUUCUUCCUCUUGACAAAUGUUAAUUUAAUAACUGCAUUAUUUAUCAUUUUAGUGUGGUUUGGAUUAACUCUACUUAAAACUUUGUGAACGGUGGUAAGACAUUAGGUUUAUAUUAGAAGACAAACUAGUUUAGAUUAUGCAACCAAAAGGAUUUUAUCUCUGACUAUCUGUCUGAAUCAAUAGAAGACAUCCUGUGUUCCUCCUAAAAUGAAUGUUUUGUCUUACAAGUACUUUCUUUCCUUUUCUUUUCUCCAAUGCCAGCACUUUUACAAAAUAUGCCAGACACUGUGUUUCUUGGAAAGUCAUGCUCUUUUUAUCAUACAGGUAGUGAGAUGGAUGUAUAUUUUAUACAUUGUUGUUAUCUGAAGCGAUUGUUGUCUACUGCAAAAACAGCAUGUUGAUUAGAUUGUACUGAAACCAUUUGCAUCAUGUACAGAUGUUAUAUAUAUAGUAGUCCAGAAGGAACUGUGUCUUUAUUUUGUUCAAAUUGUGCCUGUUCAGCUAAUUUAUGUAUGUUGUGAUACAUUUCCACAUGUGUCUAUCAUUCCUGUCUGUAUCAUUGUGGGUUGGACAGGGAUAUGAAAUGCUGUGCAAUAGAAAUGAUGAGCAAUUUGUCAUCGUUGGGACGAUUGAGCGGUAUCGGCUUAAUGAAGGAGAGAGGUUUGGAUGCCCUCAUGAAAAGCAUCCCUAUUUUAAUUGUAAUAUAUUUCAUAUCAUUGGACCAAUAAUGUGCUAUACGUUGUUCUUUAGAUAACUAUGAACAUGGCAAUAUGGAUAAAGUUUAUUUUCUUCCAUUUUUGGAAGUCAUUCAUAUAUAUAUAUAUGGUUUUAUAUUUUUCCAUGUAUAUUUAUUUACAUGUCACAUGUUUUACCUCUAAUGAUCAGAGUGUUAAAUUCUUAGAAUGAUGAAAUGUUGGACAAUGAUAUAUAUGAAUGCUAAUAAAUAUUUAAUAAUAAAUCUG